CGAGAGACGAGAGACCGAAGUAGAAGGAAUUCCGGCCGAGAUGCAGCAAGUUCACAACUCUCCACACUCCAAGCUCUAUUAGCGCGUCAAGUGAGCCGCCCACUCAAGGAGGAUAGAGGCACGCGAUGCUGUUUUUUGAGGUGCUUGCAGCGGAAGGAAUGCCACGCUCCACGGCACGCGCUGAGGAAGCUUGGCCUUGACGAGGUUUUGCUGAGUCUUGCGAGGCAUACGGAGACCUUGGCAGUUUGUUGCGGCUCGUGCCGUUGCAUCCUAUGA